AUGUUUCAAGGUGCUAAUGGCACUGCCAGAAAUAACAUUUAUAACAUAAAAACUUUUUAUACUAUUGUUAAUCAUAGGUUGAAAUUUUUAGUAAGGUCUGCAGGUUAUAGAUCACACAGCACCCUGCUAUUCGAACCACAUAACAUCAAUAACAAAGUAUUAUUACGUUAUUCUCCGUUAUCAAUUAAGAAUAAUGCCAGAUUUUUGUUAAAAAACUCAUUAUCCUCCCUACCACACCCAAACACCUUUGCAAUAAGUAAUAAUGUUGGUAGUACUAGAGUUAUAUCUUCCUUUAUACCCAAAAUAAUUGCCAAGACAAUCAAAUUUCCAGCAUAUAUUGGUGGUGGAGCUGCUGCUAUCAGCGGAUAUCUAGUUUAUAAACUAGAAGAAGCCCGAGACUUUGCAUCAGAUAAAUUAGCCACUUUAAAGGAUUUUAUGGAUGGUGUUGGGUCUAUGUUGAAAGGAAACGGCGAUGGAGAAAACGAAAAUAAUGGUGGAGGCAAUGGCGAUAAUGACUCGGAGUCUUCGUUGGCAGGAGCUACUCUAAUAGCAACUUUAACUGAUACUGAAAAAGGUCAAGAAGAAGCCAAAGCUGGAAGUAACCAAGAAGGAGACGAAGAAGAAGAAGAAGAAGAAGAAACUGUUGACACCACCCAGGAUGAUAUGGUGAAUUUAACCAAACAAAUGAUUGAAAUUAGAUCUAUUUUAAACAAAAUCGACUCUAGCUCUUCAAACUUGACCUUGCCCUCUAUUGUGGUUAUUGGCUCACAAAGUAGUGGUAAAUCUUCCGUUCUAGAAAGUAUUGUUGGUAAAGAAUUUUUACCCAAAGGUUCCAACAUGGUUACAAGAAGACCUAUUGAGUUAACUUUGGUAAACACACCAAAUAAUCGUGAAACAACAGCUGACUUCCCAACAAUGCGAAUGUAUAACAUAAAGGACUUUUUAGAGGUGAAAAAAAUUCUAACUGAUCUAAAUUUAGCAGUACCAUCAAGUGAAUGUAUUAGUGAAGACCCUAUCCAACUAACUAUAAAAUCACCAACUGUACCCGACUUAAGUAUGGUGGAUUUACCGGGUUAUAUCCAAAUAGAAGCCGCUGAUCAACCUAUCGAAUUGAAAAGUAAAAUUAGACAAUUAUGUAACAAAUAUUUGGCUGCUCCUAAUAUUAUUUUGGCUAUUUCACCUGCAGAUGUGGACUUGGCCAAUAGUACCGCUUUGAAGGCAAGUAGACAAGUUGAUCCUGCUGGGGAAAGAACCAUUGGCGUUGUUACUAAAUUAGAUAUGGUUUCUCUUGACGAAGCUAGAAAAAUUUUAACAAAUAAAAAGUAUCCCUUAAAAAUGGGCUAUGUUGGUGUUAUAAAUAGACCGCCUAUUUCAAGAGCCACAACAACUGCUGCUGCUGCGCGAAGAUUUUUUGGUAAUGAACAACCUACUACUGGUGAUAGUAAAAAAAACUCUUUAGUAAAUGUUAGUUCAUCGGCAUCACCAUCUGACUAUGAAAAUCAAUAUUUUAAGACCUAUAAAGACUAUUUCUCAAAGUGUGAAGUUUCGUCCAGAAAACUACGUUCUAAAUUAAUUAAAAUUUUAGAAGUUUCAAUGUCCAAUGCUUUAGAACCAACAGAACACUUGAUACAACAAGACUUGGACGACACCUCAUAUAGAUUUAAAGUUGAAUUUAAUGAUCGUCAGUUAACACCAAAGUCUUAUUUAUUGAGUCAGAUAGACAUCAUUAAAUCUGCCAGUAAAGAAUUGCAGGAACAAUUUUCCCGUAGCGAAUUGAAAUCCAUUUUAAAAGCCGAUUUGGAUCAAAAAGUUUUGGAAAUAUUGGCUAACAGAUAUUGGAAGGAGACUGGAUUAUCCUAUGGUAGCGGAGCCACCGUUGCUUCCGAGGUUGAUGAUGUUUAUUGGCACAAAAAAUUGGAACUAGCUUCUUCCAGUCUAACUAAAAUCGGGGUUGGCAGGUUAAGUACCACAUUGGUGACUAAUGCCAUAUUAAAAGAAUUAGAUAAUGUCUUGGAUUUUACUACUGGUAAUGAAACGGAUGGGUUAAUAAGGCAAUUAGUAAAUAAUACCGCCAUAAAUGUUUUAAAUAGCAAGUAUUAUUCCACUGCUGAUCAGGUAGAGAAUUGUAUCAAGCCUUUUAAAUAUGAAAUCGAAUUAGAAGAUAGGGAUUGGAACGAAUCUAGAGAUCAUUCGAUAGCAUUAAUUAAAGAGGAGUAUAGACAGUGUGCUGAAAGAUUUUCUAUGUUAAAAAGUUCCAUUGGCAGUAGUAAAUUACAACAAGUUACCUCAUAUUUAAACAAAAAAAGAGCGAUUUCGAACUCCAUAGGUACGACUGCUGAUGCACCAUUACUUACUGAAGAAACCUUAGGGUUUAGCAAAUUAUUGUUGGAACGUGGUCAAGAAGCUAUUCAAUUAGAUAACAGGAUCAAACUGCUACAGUUUCGUUUGAAGAUUUUGAAGAAAAAAUGCCAAUCUAGUAAAGAUUCCGAUAGAUGCCCAGAAGUAUUUUUAAAUGCAGUCAGUGAUAAAUUGACUAGCACAGCUGUUUUAUUUUUAAAUGUUGAAUUAUUAAGCGACUUCUUUUAUAAUUUCCCUAUUGAAUUAGAUAAAAGGGUUUCCUUAUUGAACAAUGAACAAAUUGAAAUGUAUGCUAAGGAAGAUUCACGUAUUGCAAGGCAUAUUGAGUUACAAAAACGUAAAGAAUUAUUAGAAUUAGCAUUAAAUAAAAUAGAUUCAAUCUUAGUUUUUAGGAAAACAUAUAGGGGUUACCAAAUCCAUAAAUAG